AAGCACUAUCCAGUUGUGAAAAUGGCUGCUGGCCUACUCCUCCGCUUGCCAGCGAUCGUCCAAGUUCUCAUCGCAGUGCGAUAGUCAAGCUUCCUUUCGCUGAUUUUUGCGCCUGAUACAGGCGCUUCUACUCGCCAUGGGGCUGAGGACGAUUCUCAAGAAGGUGAAACGCAAGGAAAAGGAAGUCCGGGUGCUCAUCCUGGGCCUCGACAACGCUGGCAAGACGACGCUUCUCAAAAAGUUCAACGGCGAGGACACCAGCACCAUUUCGCCGACGCUGGGCUUCAACAUCAAGACCCUCGAACACCGCGGGUUCCAGAUGAACAUGUGGGACGUCGGAGGCCAGAAGUCUCUGCGCACGUACUGGCGCAACUACUUCGAGAGCACCGACGCCAUUGUGUGGGUGGUGGACAGUGCCGACAGGCGUCGCAUGCAGGACUGCCACGACGAGCUGCACUCGCUUAUUUGCGAAGAGAAGCUGCUGGGGGCCACGCUGCUCGUGUUUGCCAACAAGCAGGACCUUCCCGGUGCCCUGACUCCGGCAGAAAUCAAAGAGGCGCUGCAGCUGAAUGAGAUCCACAGUCUGCACUGGUGGAUUGUGCCAUGCAGCGCAUACACGGGCAGCAACCUCCUCGACGGCAUCGACUGGAUGCUCAACGACAUCUCCGCACGGCUCUUCAUGCUCGACUGAGUCUUCCUCAUUUGCAUUAAGUUAUAUCCGGUCCCAGUUACUCCGGUUGGGCGUAACACGACAGCUCAGUACCACAUUGUAAUAAACUCACCUUGUCAGAGUGUUGUUGUCGUCGAAGGAAAUGAACGGUGUCCCGUUGCGAUUUUGCUGUUGUAGUAUGACGGAGUUGUGACAAAUAAAUCUUUCACGAGUUGUUACCCCUUCA